UUAGCCUCGACGUCCUCACCUCAGCUUUGACCAAUCACAACAAACUACCCAACGCGUUCCAUCACCGCUUCUUCAUCGAGGCCGCUCAUCCGCCGCCCGCGCUAGAUCUUCCCUCUGCCCUCCCCCCUUCUAUAAAACCCAACACCCUUUUUUCCCUCCUCUCACAAUUUUUCAACGCAACGCCCCCGCAAAACAACAAACAAAGAAACCAGCUUUUCGUUUCUGUCAUGGCUCAAGGAGAUUCCAAAUUUCAACAAGACAUGGCUAAGGAGGAAGAACAGAGCCUGAAAUACUUGGAAUUCGUGCAAGUAGCAGCUGUCUACGCGGUUUUGUGCUUCACCAACCUCUACGUUUACGCUAAGGAAAGGUCGGGACCGUUGAAGCCCGGCGUCGAGACCGUCGAGGGAACGGUUAAGAGCGUGGUUCGACCGGUUUAUUAUAAGUACCACGAUGUCCCCGUUGAGUUCCUUAAAUUCGUCGAUCGCAAGGUUGGUGAAUCUGUGACUUCGAUCGACCGUCGUGUCCGUCCGGUCAUCAAGCAGGUCUCCUCCGAAGCCUUCUCGGCUGCCCAAAAGGCUCCGGGAGUGGCUCGGGGCGUGGCUUCCGAGGUCCAGCGAGCCGGAGUGGUGAGCACUGCCUCAGGGUACGCGAAAUCUGUCUACACCAAGUACGAGCCAGCAGCGAAAGGGCUUUACGCUAAGUAUGAACCCAAAGCUGAACAAUGUGCUGUUUCGGCCUGGCGCAAGCUGAACCAGCUCCCUCUCUUCCCUCAGGUGGCUUCCGUAGUCGUCCCCACCGCCGCCUACUGUACCGACAAGUACAACCAGACGGUGGCUAGCAGCGCGGAGAAAGGGUACAAGGUUGCCUCGUAUUUGCCGUUGGUUCCUACUGAGAAGAUCGCCAAGGUGUUCAGUGAAGAGAAGCCUGAAUCAGAGCCACUGCUUUCCCAAAGUUGAUUUUUGCUUUUGCUGUGUGUUUGUGCACAAUCUGAUUAUGUUUAAUUGGUAGUUAUAACCCUGUUUUCCUCCAUUGUUGUCCUUGUGUUCCUCUUUUCUUUCUUUCCUUUUUUAUAUAAUAAAUAUUUAUAGGAAAAUA